ACCCGAGACGAUUUGCAUCCGUUAGUUUUCGCCGCCGGCGCGACGAGAAAACCGAAUCUCCAUCUGUGGGAAGUGGCACGUGGAUUCUUUCGCUCGCGCGCCUACGGAUCGUUCGGCCGUUUUCUUUUUCUUUUUUUUCAAAGUCGUCUUUGAGUUUCCCGAGAGCCUUCUUUCUUCGACGCAUCAUAUCGCUACGAGAGUAAAAGGUGUCUGAGAUUGUUGCUGGUUGCGCGACUGUGUGUUCAACGCUGCUGUGGUAUGUUUAAUGUGCACGCUGAAAGUCAGCGGCUAUGGGUACGCUUCUGUCCACUUGCGAGUCUGACCACAGCUGCGAUCUUUACCACUGAUUUCGUAAUCCGACGGAGUUUUCAAGACCGGAGUGAAUCGAUCGGAAUUUGAAAAAGCUAAAAUCCUCAUGGUACAAUCUGAAAAUAUUCUCGCCCGAGCAUUAAUCAGCGUUGAUUCGCCAAACGAGUUAAAAAUAAAAUACUUGACAAGAUUAAAAAGUAAGAAAUAUCUCCCGCAAACGUUAAUGAAAAGCUACUCGACCGCGACCACGUCGCUCAGUUAAAAAAUUUAUCUCACACGAAUAGAAAACUAGGAAAAGCGUGUGCAGGCAUUUUAUAUUUUCCAGAAAGUAAAUCACUGCUCCAAAACAUAAAAAAUAAAAAGAGCGAAAUAAAGUAUAAGAAAGUUGCAUAAAGGAAAUUCAUUUUGCCGUUGCGGACAAGCAAACAAAAAAAAAAAGGGAAUAAACAGAGGCUAAGGCCGUACACGUAGAAUCUAUUCUCUCUACAGAUGGUCAACUUAAUUGAAAAAUAAAUAAAAUGCUCUCACGACGUGGUCGAAGUGCGAGUCCAGGCAACGAAGCAGGUGUAACGAUGAUCGAAACGCCGAAAGGCCGCAAGAAAUUUUCCUUCAAAGAGCCAUCCAACGAGAUAAUGGGCUUUCUUGGUUUCCGUCGAAUGUCAUUGCGACGUGGUCCAAAGCAAAGGGAACAGCGAGCGCGUAGUCUGCAACCACCGCCUAAGCGCGGAUUGGAACAACGUGAGCUUGAUGAGCUCGAGAGCCAAGCGAUGCGAGUAGUAAGGACAGUCGGCCAGGCGUUCGAAGUGUGCCAUAAGCUAAGUCUGAACAAUCCACCGGUGUCCAGCGAGGAGCAGCAGCAGCGCGACAAAGACCGGGUUGCCGGCGACGGCGAAAACCAUCGUCGCGACAAUCACGAGGACUCUUACAACGAUCGCGACGACUUUGCCAGUCUCCAGCAUCAGCCAUCACCUGCCUCCGUUCACAAAGAUAUAUCGUUGCUAGGAGACGCAGAAGAUUCGAUUUUGGACCAACCGUGUUUACUGACAACGGCGACGACAACCACGUGUCCAGCGUCGCCGGUCAGGCACUCGCCGCUGGGCAACGCACUGCCAGAUCAACAAGCGAUGGAAUUGACCGCAUUGAAACACGAGAUCCAGCUGCUAAGAGAAAGACUGGACCAACAAAGCCAACAGACUCGCGCGGCAGUCGCUCACGCGCGAUUACUUCAGGAUCAACUUGCCGCUGAGACUGCGGCUCGCGUCGAGGCUCAGGCACGAACUCACCAGCUCCUCGUGCAGAACAAGGAGUUACUGGAGCACAUAGCCGCGCUGGUGAGCCAUCUGCGCGAGCAAGAGCGCAUAAGCGGUGUGCCGAGCCAAGUGACAAGCGCCUUGACGCAAGGCACCGCCGACAGCCUCGUCGGCCAGUUUUCAUUUGCCCGAAACCAGUAUAACUCGCCGUGGGAGCCACAAUUGCCAGCAGCACCACAUAUCUACUCGCCACUCGACUCGUAUUAUUCGGGCCUUGGUUACAAUCAACGUUCGCCAAAUACGCCGAGCAAUGGUUACACGGACGAGCUGCUUCAACGCUAUCAGGCCCAAUUGUGGGAUAACCUGCGUGCCGCCGCACCUACAACUCCCUUAUACGGCGCUGCGCCUCACUGCUUUCCUGCUGGGCCUGGCAGCAAUCUUCCACCGACAGGAAGACCGCGCUCUCAAAUGUCAUCCCCAGCGUCAACGUUACAGAGGCCGUCGCGUCUGCCACGGCCGAGCAGCUACCGGCCGCCGGUUUUCCGUUCGCGCUCCCUCGAGCGUCCAGUGGCUGACCGAGGAAUCCUCAACAAUGGUUUUGGCUCUCCUGAGCCGCCGUCCCAAAUCUUGGAGGCGUCGUUCAUCAAACCGCUACCUUGCAAAUGUAACCACGAGCCUGAAACGCGCAACAGAAUCGCGAUGAAAAAUAAUCUGCACGAUCUGAUGAGACCGCUAGUAAUAGACUCGCGAUCACCAGAAAGGAAAAGAAACGACAAAACAAGUAUUGCCGUGCAAACGGAGAGCAAUGGCAUCGGUACAAAUUGCCCGUUGACAUUGUGGACUGAAUCGAAGACCCGAAUGGAAGACGAGUCUGAUAGUGGCGAGGAGGAGAGGAACGAUCUCGUUGCUGAACUGCCUAUGACGAGAAUUCAUAUGCGACGCAAUAGUCAAUGAGCUUACAUUUUUUUCUUUUCUGUGAGUUUCUGAGUCGAGGAUUUGCGCAAGAAUACCAUUUUGCAGUAUGUUGAAAGACUUGGCCUUGAUUUUUGCUGUGGAAAAAUUGUUCUCUAUAAAAACUGAUGGCAAAAUAUUGAUUUGACAAUGUGUAAUUAUGCAAUGAAAUGACAAUGUUUUUCGAACAAAUAUCCUUGACAUAGAUAGUUCCUCUAUUUAAAUCUUUGCCUCAACAAUCAAUUAUUAGUAUUAUAAGUAUGAAUUUAAGUAAUGAGUGAUAGCUUCAACAAUAAAGUUGAAUCAAAAAAAUAAAAGUAGCAUGUUAAAAGUACAUAAUAGAAAAAAAAGAUCGUCAACGUUGAUAAUAAUAUGAAGGCCAAAUACGGAUAGGAGUAAGUAGAAAAUAUAUUAAAGAAGCUUAAGUCGUGUAGCGAUGUAGGUUUUUCUAAAUACUUUUGUACGUUGUCUCGUCUCUUUUUCAUUGUGUGCCCGCUUAUUUGAUGAAUUGUCAUAUAAAUUUUCUUAGAAUAGUAGUGAACUCGAUUACAUGGCGUUGUAAAUUUAUGUGAAUCAACGUUGGUUUUUUUUAUUUAUCUACAACUGUUACGUAAAUAUUAGUUCUUAAUUAAUCCGUCAUUUUUACGAUAGUGAUAGGUACAUUUAUGAUUAGAGCGAACGCGUGUUCAAUGAAGAAAAUAACGUCUCAAUACAGCCAAUGGAAUAUUGCCAACCAACUUUUUAAUAAAUGUCUUUGAAAAGACUCCGUUUCAAACCGACUGUAAUAACUUAAGUACAUUCAAUACAGUAACGUUUUUCAGCGUUCAUGACAAACGUGCUUGUGAAAAAAAUUGUAACGCAGUGUCAAAUUUUCUCUUUGUAAAGAAGGAAUGGAUGGAAAAACAUGUGUUAAGAUCGUGGCACCAUAAAUAAAAUAAUAAAUAGA